AUGUCCCGUAGCUCCUGUCCGAGCGAGCAAAUGAAGGAGAUCGAUUUGAGCGCCAGUCCCGAGCCUAGAAUAGCUCAAAACCAAGUGCUAUUCAUCCCUUUGCCUUGUAAUGGCUCUUUUCGUGCAANNACCGAGUGGACGAGUCGUUUCAUGUAUCGUCAAGACCGUAAGGCAUACUUGGACAGAGACGGCCAAGUCGAUCGUGAGUGGGCCGAUGAGAAAUGGCAGCAGUGGUCUGAAAGAGACUUUCAUCCUGCUGUGGAAGCCUACAACGAGUACAACGAGCCAGCCCCCGAGUUGAUUGUCCUCGAAAAUGUGAACGAGAAUCUCCAGAAAGUGGAUGAAACUCUGAAAAAAAUACGGUUGAGGCUUUCUCUGGCUCAAACAACACUUGAUUACCCGAUUCGCCCUUCGGGCUUGCACAACUCCGACCAUCAGCUAGCCCACACCAGAGAUGUCUUGGAAGACAUCUUCGAAGAUAUGAGCACCCAUCUACGCAUUACCAGCCAAGCUCAAAGAGAGUCAGAAGAACAAACGAAGACUUUGGGGCUCGUAAUCAAAACGCUCAUCAGAUCGAGAACAGUCGCCGAGAAGUCCCAGAAGAGGAGAGAAGCAGAAGAUGAGAAAAUGCAGGGUACCGAUCUCAUACAAGCUAUGCUUUCUGAAAUGUUCGGCUUGCCUUUCGAUGAACCUAACGCCGAAGACUCAGAGCCCGAGCCCGAGCUAUAUCUGGACCUGGAGGCAGAGGAAGAGUCUGAAAUCGAGGUCCUCUGGGAGAAGACCGAAACUGAAAACAUCAUGGACAUCGACCAAAAUGACGAGUCUGAAUUCGAGCUCGACACGACUGACAGCGCCUCAGUCAACGAAACGGACAAGCUAGACUUGAGAACUACGACGAAGAGCAGAAGACUAUUGCAACAAAAGAAGAACCUGAAAGUAAGAGAUGCUUUGUACCAGAGAUUUGGCUUGUCUGUCAUCUCCAAACCUUCGACAAGUCAGGAGGACGCAGUUGAAGAAGAGCACCAAAAUUUCAAGCGUCAGAGAAUGACGACCAACACGCUCUGCGAGUCGCCUGAAAGAAGUCUUAGCCCAAUCAAGAAGCGCCCAGCCUUGAGACAAACCACACUUUCUUUCAACAAAGUCCGCAAAAGCCGAAGACUGUUCUCUCGUAAAGAGUUGAGCCAGAAAGACGCAGUCGAAGACGAGGAAGAAGCGAAAGAAGAAAGCUAUCCAGGCUCAACCAGAAGAUAUCCUAGAAGAACUUCUGCCAAACGUCAAGACUAUCGUGAGAACGGCCUGUUCAUGUACGGAUGGAAGUUCGAGCGAAGAGGAGAUUCUUAA